GUUGGAUUUUUCUACGAAAUAUUUGGUAAGUUCACUGUCGAGUCUCGAUUGCCAUACCUCUUGUACAGUUGGUCUGCGGUUAUUCGGCGACGUGUCCAUUUUUCUGGAUGAAGUCAAGAUAAACUUUUUUGUGUGUAACAGCGGUAUGAAUGGUGGUAGUGAUGAUAAUGAAAACGACGCUAGUUAUGCUCUUUUUCACAUUGCUCUCUUUUCUUUGUAGCAUUCUUUUGUAUGUUACUGCACAUGUAUUCAUGGAUACUAAUUGAAGCAGUCAUUCAAUGUUAGGGAGCAGGGAUAGGUCAAUGGGUCGAUCGAUCAACCAUUCAAGACAGACCACGGUUGAAAUGAACAACCAACAGAGUGGUUUUGGGUUUUGGUCGAUACCCGAAUUUAGUUAAGCCUCGAGCGCAGUAAGUAAAGUGUCGAAGUUGCGUUGAGCAAUCGCUAAACGGUCGAAGCAGGGCUUGUAAACGACAUGGCUGUAUACAUAUUCAUGCUAUGUAUUAAACAUAUGAUGUAUAUCCACGAGUUCAGGCGAUGAUUAAAAAUGAAAAAUUCAUCCGGUGUGGUUUUGAAUUUUUUAAAAUGGGAUGUAGAUUUUGGAUUUUGUUCUGGAGGCGAAUAGUACAUACUCAACAGAAAGUACGGUACUGGUGGUACCUUACAGCAGUUACUGAAAUCAAUGAAACAGAGGCUACUUCCGUACGGUACGUACGAGGUAGGUAGUGCUGUUGUCAGACAUCGUCGACAAAAGCAAGACAAAACGUAUCGAAAACCAAUAACAACAGGAACAUGACAACUAUCGAAGAUGAUUCGGAGGGCUCAUGGGUGCCGCUUCUUUGCGUCACAGUCCUAAUCUUCUUGUGGUGGACGUCAUAUAGCCAAUCGCCAAGAGCGCUUCGGGCUCGACGAUGGUAUAACACAAAGGUGCGUGCGUUCGUGUGCUCUCCAUUCGUUGGCGCUCAUUUUCUGCAUCUAUGAGAAUCUGCUCUCGUUGUCUAUCGCGCACUUGAUGAAUUCACGCUAUUGUUUUGAAACGACGGCUAACACCAUUAUUUUUCUUUCUCUCCUUCCUUUUGGAUCGAAGAGAGUGCAAUGGAAAAAGAAACUAGGUCUUCGGGACGAGAGUAUUUACCGGGAUGGAGCCGCAGGGGAUGGAUCUAAUCUAAAACACAAACGCCAAGGUUGAAACGGAAGAAGCCUGAUAGGAUUUUGAGACAACACACAAUGAUGAGCGUUAACUUCAGAAGAUGGACCUACGCGAACCAUGACGGAAAGCAACAAUAACAAAAAGUCCUAAGUGGCUUGUUGUCGGACCUCUGGAAUGCCAAAUGCGAAACUGUUCGAUGACAUAAACGCGAAUAGAUCUUGUUUUACAACGAAUAAUGUUGUGCAUCGUUAACACGUUUCUUCACUACUCAAUUCUGGAUCUAGUUUCUUCCCUACAGAGCUUUGUCUCUGCAUCGACAACCUGAUCCUGUACAGCUGGGAUUUUAACCCCAUGUUUUGUGCGCAAAAUCCAACUGAAUCCUUUGGUUAACCUUCGCUGAAACCUCAUUCAAACAAAAUGAUGACAUACGU